UCUUCAUCGAAAGUGCGCGAACUUCGAUUCGAAUCGCGGACCAAAGGAUAGACCAUUAUUGCACAAGAGCAACAAUCGGCAGAUUAUUCGAGUGUUUGGCCGGCGUAGUUCAGGGCCCGGUUUGAUAGUGUGGACUAAAAAAUGAGCGAAAAAACUUGAAUGGUGUCCAAUGACUUGCUUCGAGUGAAUUUGGAUAACUUAUUUAUGUGUGUGCGGUGAUACAAAUUAUAAUAUCAACGAAAAAAGAGUUAAACUGAUAUUGAUCGGAUAAAACGGAUAAUUUUGUGUUGAAGCUCCAUCAUAUCUGGAUUUAUUUAGAUGAGAGAGUGUAGUCAAGGACAGUAGCAGUUGUUGGCUACAUCUGAGGAUCGUAACAUAUCACGCUCGUGGGAGAGUGAGAGUGGAAAAGUUAAAGGGCUCCGCGAUGGUUGUGUGGGUACAUCUGUGCUGAUCGAUCCUGAAAGGCAGCCGGACGGAGGGAGACACUGGCGCCUUCCGCAGAUAUGACAUCGACGAAUAUCCUAAGGACGCUAGUCACAUCAGUCGUGCUCCUGGAACUACUUCUACCAGGACCACAGCGGCAUUAUGCCAACGCCGUUCACUUAGGAUCAUGUAACCUUACGUUGGGCAUGAUGUCUGGGGAUAUCCAGGAUACCGACAUCAGCUGUAGUUCGACCCAUAAUGCCGGCAGCGUUGGACCCGCCUUUGCCAGGUUAAAUCGCGAGAUCAACGGCGGGGCUUGGUGUCCUUCACAGCAGAUCUCCCCAGACACCUACGAGUGGCUUGAGAUUAAUCUUCGUGGUUACCACAUCGUGCGGGGAAUCGCUACUCAGGGUCGCUUCGGCAACGGCCAAGGCCGAGAAUAUGCCGAGGAAUACAUGAUUGAGUACUGGAGAGCCGGCAUAAACAAAUGGGUCCGGUAUACCAAUCGCAGCGGAAAGCAUAUUUUGGAAGGUAACGAGAAUACUUACACACCAGAAUUUCGCAGUCUCGACCCGUAUAUUAUCACCGAUCGUAUCCGAGUUGUGCCCUAUUCAAGAGAUAUCCGCACCGUAUGCAUGCGGAUCGAACUGUACGGCUGCAAAUGGACCCAGGGUAUCGUGUCGUACACCAUACCGAUGGGUGAACGAUUUAGUUCUACCGUCGACCUAUCCGACAAGACGUACGACGGAGGCCGAGAUGACAGUACUCUCCAUGACGGGCUCGGUCAAUUGACGGACGGCAUUGAAGGUGGCGAUAACUUCAAGGCCGAGUAUUCAAGUUCCCUCGGCCAGGGUUACGAAUGGGUAGGCUGGCGGAAUGACUCGCCCCACUCGAAUCCACUCGAAAUGGUGUUCGAGUUUGAUAGUAUUCGAAACUUCUCCGAAGCCUACUUCUACUGCAAUAAUCAGCACACUAAAGACGUAUCGUUGUUCAGUUCAGCCAAAUUUUGGUUUUCGAUUGGCGGCCGCUGGUACAUCGAGGAACCGUUGGUGUUCAAAAAUAUGCACAACCCUUUGCCAGAGAAAGCACGUAAUGUCACCAUUCGGUUACAUCACAAAAUCGGACGCUUCGUAAAGUUGCAUCUAUCGUAUAGAUCUGGCUGGAUCUUGCUGAGUGAAAUAGCAUUUAUCUCUCUACCGGCCGAGGGGAACUUUACUGAGGAAGAAGAACCUAUUGGACCGCCAGUUGUAUUCCCAACCGUAACUGAGGAUCCAAUGGCUCGUCACCACAUCGGUAUCUUGAUAGGCCUUCUGGCAGCAGUUAUAAUGUUGCUGAUUCUCGUCAUAUUCAUAAUUACUGUCCGACAUCGACAGCGCAAACACACGACGCCGCAUGCCAUCCUAAAACCCAUGGCUGGUACAGGUGAUAAUCGUGUUACCAUUAACAUGAAGGAUCUCGCACUUCAGUAUCAGCCUAAAUACGCGUUAAAUGGUAACAUAUACGGCCAAGUAAAUCUCGAUGAUCCCGACAAACUUCUCUACCAAGAACCAGCUGACUUCAAGACACCUAUCUACCCAGCUACGUACAGCAAUGUCGUUUUCCUAGCGGAUUCCUCGCGUGAGUACGCCGUGCCUCAGGACAUCACGACGCCCAGGAGCCCCAAAACACUUAACCGCAAUGCUUCACCACCGACGUUCGGCCGCCCUUUGGCUAAAAGCUCCCAGCCGCUUGUACACAGCCCAAGUGAACAGCAGCAACAACAGCAUUAUUACGCUGCCACCGAUGUGAUAGUCGCGAGUGUACCCAACAUUCAGGGAGUGAGUGGUAACACGGUCUACUCGGUACCCAGCCUCGAUUUGUCGACCAGUUCGGCAAACUCGUCCGGGGACGAUUCAGGUUCUGUAAGUAACUGCACACUACGAAACUCACCGCACCUAUCCACGACGACGCAAGUGCGCGAAGUCCCACGACAUCGAGUGCGGAUCCUCGAGAAGAUCGGUGAGGGUCAAUACGGCGAAGUCCACCUAGCCGAGACCGAAGGUAUUACUGAACUGGUAGACGUGCCAUCAACUUUUGGUAGCAAAUCGUUUGUGGCGAUAAAGUCUCUACGUAUGAACGCCAGCGAAUCUGCGCGUAAGGAGUUCUAUAAAGAAGUGAAGAUCCUUUCGCGCAUUCGCGAUCCAAACAUCUCACACAUCCUGGGCGUAUGCACCAGAGAUGAGCCCCUGUCGAUGAUCGUCGAGUAUUCUGAGCAUGGCGACCUCAACGAGUUCCUCAACGAGCACCUCCCUGACACGUUCGCUCCCACCGGUGCAACGAAAACGCUCAGUCAUGGGACGCUCAUCUUCAUCGCUACCCAGAUCGCCUCCGGUAUGAAGUACCUCGAGUCGCUCAACUUUGUGCAUCGUGACCUAGCCACGCGUAACUGUCUUGUAGGCGCCGGUUACACGGUCAAAAUCUGCGAUUUCGCCAUGAGUCGGUCCGAGUAUCAACAUGAUUACUAUCGCAUGCAGGGUGGCCGUAGCAUGCUGCCGGUUCGGUGGAUGUCAUGGGAAGCCAUCCUAUUCGGACGCUUUUCGACCAAAAGUGACGUAUGGGCGUUUGCCGUCACUCUGUGGGAGAUGUUGACAUUCGCGCGCCAAAAGCCGUUUACUAAUUGUACAGAUGACAUCGUCGUCGAAAAUGCGCGCCACCUGUAUAAUAUGGAUGGACGCGCUGUACAACUGAAUCAGCCACCUGACUGUGCUAAAGAGAUCUUCGAUCUCAUGCGUGAGUGUUGGCAACGCAACGAGUCAGACAGGCCUAACUUUAGGGAGAUCCACUUGUUCUUGCAACGCAAGAACCUCGGUUACUCUCCACAAGCUUAGGAGCUGUUUGGGAUUGAUAGCGACGAAGACGAUGGUGAUUAUAAUGAACACGAUAAUCUAAAUAAACAGCUAAUUCACUGACCGAUGACAAGUAGUUGCAGUGAUGGCCACCCAUCGAUGCGUUCGUGAGAUAGCAACAACAAACCUAAUGAAUAAGACAUACUAACCUGUUAUAUAGAUGAAAAAAAAUCUAUAAUCUAGGGAAGUGACAUUAUGACAAAAGAAAAAAAAAGGGAGCGCCUGAUGGAAUGAUAGUGGGAAACGCACGACGAAACGAUGGAGAUACAGAAAAGAGAAACUUCCGACGACCGAUUUCAAACUACUCGUUUCUCUAUCACAAUCGACAAAAAAAAAAA